AUGGCAGUGGCAAUCAACUGCUUGGAAUCCCAAGUUUUUGAAAAAUUGCCUUCUCAACCUGAAUUGAACCUGAAGAAUAUAAGUGCAAUGACGUUAAGGAGUGGGAAGGAAAUUCAGGGGUCCGAACUCACGAUUUCCAAGGACAAAGAUAAGGAAAGGAUCGAUAAUGAGCUUGAGAAGGAGGACAACAAUGGCACAAAUGAAAAGGUACUCCCUGAUCUAGUCAUUACAGUUAGAACUAACCCGCCUCCCUUUCCUAACAGGUUGGAGAAACCGAGGAAGCAGGAUAAGAAGAAAGAGAUCCCGCAGGUGUUCCGCAAGGUAGAGAUCAAUAUUCCCCUGUUAGAUGCCAUCAAGCAAGUGCCGAAGUAUGCAAAGUUUUUGAAGGACCUAUGUGUCAACCGACAGCAGCUGAGAGGGGAUGAAAGGGUCAUUGUGGGGGAGAACGUGUCAGCAGUUCUCCAAAGGAAGUUUUCACUGAAGUGCGGGGAUCCAGGUAGGUUUACUGUUCCAUGUAGGAUAGGUAAUACUUUGAUUAGGAAUACCCUGCUGGACUUAGGAACAUCGAUCAACGUAAUGCCUAAGUCUAUGUAUGCUUCUCUGAAUCUCGGUCCAUUAAAAGAAAUUGAGUUAAUAAUCCAAUUAGCUAACCGAACAAAUGCAUACCCUAAUGAGUUGGUCGAGGAUGUGCUGGUUAAAGUUAAUGAAUUGAUAUUCCCGGCUGACUUUUAUGUACUUGAUAUGGAUGAUGACCAUUCUCCCAACCCUUCACCUUUGCUAUUAGGUAGACCCUUGUUGAGCACAGCACAGACAAAAAAUGCUGCUGUGUGCUAUUGA